CGCUUCGAUCUCUUCGAGAUCCGAGUACUUCUCAAUUAAUCGCCAGGAUCGUCUGCGCUUGGGCCGCUCUUCCAAUCCAAAGGCGUCUGCUCAGGCGCCACGAGCCAAUCCGCCGUCAAGAGGUGGGCGGAGGCGGCAGAACAGCUGUCCAGGAAAGGUAGAGUGCGCGCCCAGAGCGCUGGUCUGCUGCCGCCGCCUCUCCAGUUGCCUCAGACCUCAAACUUCAAACGUAGACCGAGCCUGUGCAAAGGAACAUGUAUGGCGGCUGGAAAAGGCGAACGACGUGGUAAAGUCCAAGGCGCAAUCCAGACUCGGAUCUUUUCUUGGACUUGCCAUGAAUCAUUGGCUCCUGCACCAUCGUAAUCCGAGGGGUGUUUUUCUGACACUAAUUGCUGAGCAUGAACCAGAAUGAGAAAAAGGAGUGGUGAAAUACAAUACUGAAAAGAUGUUGAUGAAGUGUAAGAUCACAUAACCCAUGUGCAGAGGCCAGAUGAUCCCAGGACAUAACAUGAAUUGCAGACAGACUUAUUCUAAAGCAUCUUUAGGAACAGACUCCAAACUACCAUCUACAUGAUUGGUACAAAGUGACCUACAUGCCUAAAGGGUGGCAAGGAAAAUUGGAAGACGGCUAAAAUACAGUCAUGUCUUUUGUUUGGCACACUAUUCUCUCUCUUCAUGGGAACUACAAGAGGUUGGGUUGCCUCUUAAUUUUCACUGUAAGUGUAUGUUGUAAUGCCUCUUUAAUGUGCCCCACCACUUGCAUCUGUGCCAGUGACAUUAUGAGCUGCACCAGCAGAAACCUCUCAAGAGUGCCAUCAACUCUUUUCAAACACAUAAAAAGACUGGAUAUGAGUCACAACAAAAUUGGGAUUUUGGACCAAGACUGGAUACCCAUGCUGCUUGAGAAGUUGAACACCCUCAUCCUCAAUCAUAACAACAUUUUCAGUAUUUCUAUUGGGAGCUUCUCAGUUGUUCCAAAUAUCAAGUACCUAGACCUGUCAUCCAACAAUUUGAAGUUAUUGGGCAGUUCUAUAUUUCAGGAACUGAGAAUGCUGGAGAUUCUGUUGCUUUAUAACAAUCAUAUUGCACAGGUUGAUUCUGCUGCUUUUGGAGGAAUUCAUACCCUUCAAAAGCUGUAUUUAAGUUACAACUCUCUCACACGCUUCCCAAUUGAACUCUAUACUGGGAAAUACAAGCUCUCAGAACUUGUAUUCUUAGAUCUUUCUUAUAAUCAGAUCCAAUCAAUACCAGUUAAUGACAUGAGAUUAGUACCAGCCCGACACUUAAGUGGAAUUUAUCUUCAUGGGAACCCAUUUCAUUGUGGCUGCAUACUUUAUUCCAUGCUGAACUUGUGGUAUCUUCGACAUUUUACUUCAGUGGAAAACUUCAAGACUGAAUACACAUGCAAUAAAGACUCCCAAAAACUGCCUUUAUUGCAGAACAAUUAUUUAAAUUGUUCAGAAAGCACCAUUAAUGGUUCUUUUCAUGCCUUUGGAUUUAUUCAUGAAGCACAAAUUGGUGAGCGAAUUAUAGUACCCUGUGAUACCAAAAUCAGUGAUGCUGGGACUAGUUUUAUUUGGAUCAGGCCAGAUAAUCAAGUUUUAGAGCCAGGAAAGACAACUGAACAGUUCAAAGUAUUUCAUAAUGGGAGCCUGGAAAUAGAUAAUGCUCAGUAUGAAGACUCUGGACUUUAUUCCUGCAUUGCAAUAAAUAAGAAAAGAUUACUGAAUGAAACAAUUGAAGUAAGAAUAAAUGUCAGCAAUUUCACAGUGGACAAAUCUUACUCACAUGAAACAUUUAACACUGCUUUUACAACCCUUGCAGCUUGUGUAGCCAGUAUUAUUUUGGUACUUCUUUACCUCUACUUGACGCCCUGUCCUUGUAAGUGCAAAUCAAAGAAAAGAAAAAGGCAACUAAACCAAAAUAGCACAUCUCAUGCAUCCAUAUUAACCUCCAACACACCACUCAAACUUCCAGUCGAUGAGAAGAAAGCUAGCAGUGGCAAAAGGGUGGUGUUUCUUGAACCUGUGAAGGAACCUAAACCAGGUCAAAAUGGGAAAAUCAGAAUAUUUCCCAAUGAGACUAUAAUUGCUGAAAGCAUCCUGAAAACACCCCGAACAAAAGCAGACUGCGAUUCCACAAACUCAGCAUUCUCAGACAUGCCUUUCAUGCCAUCUUCUUAAAUGUUCCUCCUGCGCUGAUGUCAUAAUCCUGUCAGCAGUAGCCACAGCUUUAACCAAUGUUGAAAGAAAAGUCAUGGAAAACUUAUGAUUUUUUUAAAUAAAAUGGAAAUUUUGAAGGUUCAAAUUAAUUGCUGUUAUCUUGUUCCUUCUCAGUGGGAAGAACAUGCAUUAAUCUUAAAACAUUCAGGAGGAGCUCGUUGUUUCAUGACAGGAGUAGCAGAAUAGGCUGGUAUACCUUGUAUUCUUUCUAAUAUUUCCUCUGAAAUGAAUUAGGAGGUAGCCUUAAGGAGGAACAUGUUUGAUCAUUCAAACAUGUUUGAUCACUUCUCAUUCAGUGGAAGAAAGCCUACACAGCAGAAGUCCUUAUUAGCUUAGGCCUCUAGCUGUUUCACUGUAUAGAAUCAGUGGGAUUGUAUUAUCAGGGAUGAGAGUUUGUCUUAUAGUGUUUAUAGAAGAACGAAAUAGCCAUUUAUUCAAUUUCUGUCAUUGCCUUGUGGUACGGGGUACAUAAAGAAGCAAAUAAAUUUAAA